AGCACCAGAUGGGGAGGGGUCACGCUGGAACAUUUAAAUGAGGGCUUCAUUGAACAAACGGACCACUCCGGCCCAGGUACUGAGCCUCACCCUUCAGCCUGCGCGUGGUGCUCCCUAUCAGAAGGAUGUUCAGUUCCCAGGUGUUGGUGCAACUCCUGGUUGUUUACUUGUCUGCUGUGCAAGGACACCGGACCUGCCACCUCACCAACGCCACCAUCUCGGCAGAGAAAGACCACUGCCCAAGGUGCAUCACCUUCACCACCACCAUCUGUAGUGGUCAUUGUCAUACAACAGAUUCGGUGUACAAAACAGCCCUGUACCCACACGAGCAGCAGAUCUGUACCUAUACAGACAUCCGUUACAGGACCAUCAAGCUGCCCGAUUGCCUGCCCGGCACAGACCCCUUCUUCACCUAUCCUGUGGCGGUGGGCUGUGGCUGCGGCCACUGCAAGAUGGACUACAGCGACUGUACCGUGCACAGCAGCGAGCCAGACGUCUGCGUGAAGAGCCGCAUUGAGAUUUAAUCAUUCACAUAAACACAGCGCAGCAUAUAAUCACCUAUUAAGUUGUCUUUGGUCUCCGCCCUCUUUAUACAUAUAUGUUGAAAUAAUGUGAUAUAUUUGCAUGUUUACAUCUGGCAAUAGCACCUGAGUAUGUGUGUGUGUGUACACCUCUGUAAGGUGAACCCAAAUAAAUGGAA